AUGCGUCACCGUAUAUGCAACUUGUCUCUGCGUCGCACCUAUACUUCAUUAGCGUCCAGGAAGAACUUCUAUGAUGUAUGCGUUAUCGGUGGUGGGCAUGCGGGAUGCGAAGCUGCUGCAGGGGCGGCACGUACAGGCGCACGGACGUUGCUGCUGACACAGAGACUGGACACGAUCGGUGAACUCUCGUGUAAUCCGUCCAUGGGAGGGGUGGGAAAGGGCACAUUGGUCCGUGAGGUCGAUGCUCUGGAUGGUGUCUGUGGCAAAGUAACAGAUAAAGCAGGUAUUCAGUUUCAUAUGUUGAACCGUUCAAAGGGCGCGGCUGCAUGGGGUCCGCGAGCGCAGGUGGACAGAAAGCUGUACAAGGAGCAUAUGCAAGAAGCUCUCCACAGCCAGCACAAUCUCCGUAUUCGUGCAGCCAGUGUAUUCGAUCUCGUGCUCAACCACUUUGCUGGUUCAGAUGCGAGUAAUUGGGGAACAGUUGAGGGCGUAAGAUUAGAUUCUGGUGAGGUUAUCAACUGCUCACAGGUGGUAAUCUGCACUGGAACCUUUCUCUCUGGAGAGAUACAUAUCGGCCUGAAAACCUUUCCUGCCGGUCGAAUGAACGAAGCUCCUUCGGUUGGGUUGUCGGGUUGUCUCCGCUCUGCUGGGUUUCAGCUUGGGCGCUUGCAAACCGGCACACCAGCAAGGCUGAAAUUGGAUAGCAUUAACUUCAAUGGACUGGAAGAGCAAAAGGGCGAUGCUUUUCCCAGUCCAUUCUGUUCCAUGCACAGCAGUGUCGAUAAUGCCAACCGCCAAAUCUCGUGUUACAAGACCAAUACAACCCCAGAGACUCAUCAGAUCAUUCGAGACAAUAUACACCUCAGUGUUCAUAUCCAGGAAACUAAAAAAGGCCCCCGAUAUUGUCCAUCCCUCGAGGCGAAAGUAAGACGCUUCCCAGACAAGGCGUCUCACAUAGUAUGGCUUGAACCGGAAGGAUACGACUCCGAUCUCAUCUAUCCCAAUGGGCUCUCGUGCAGCAUGCCUGAAGAGGUGCAGGAGAAUAUGUAUCGCACGAUACCGGGUCUCGAGAAUGUAGAGGUUGUAAGACCUGCAUAUGGAGUCGAGUACGAUUACGUUGACCCAAGAGAGUUGAAACCAACGUUGGAAACGAAGCGCAUUAAGGGUCUCUUUCUUGCUGGUCAAAUCAACGGCACCACAGGGUAUGAAGAAGCUGCCGCUCAAGGCGUAGUUGCAGGUAUCAACGCUGGCCUUGCUGCUCUCAGCCGUCCGGCGCUCAUAAUCUCGCGUGUGGAUGGCUUCACUGGCGUAAUGAUUGAUGAUCUCAUUGUCAAGGGGGCGCAGGAGCCGUACCGCAUGUUCACGUCAAGGUCAGAGUAUCGUAUGUCUAUCCGGAGCGACAACGCUGAUUUGCGUCUAACUGAGCUUGGUCGCAAAGCCGGCGUGGUAUCAGAUGAGCGCUGGUCGCGUUUUCUGUCCACCCGGGCUGAGAUUGAACGACUUACGGAACACUUGAAAGGUCAUGUCCUUACUCCCCAUGGCUGGCGCGAACUUGGCUUCGAUGUCAACAAUGAUGGACUGCCGAGAAGUGCUUAUACCUUACUCUGUCAUCGAGGGGUUACUGUAGACCGUAUAAUGAGUACGAUACCCGGGAUGGCGAAAUUCGACCCUCAGCUUCUAGCGCGUGUCCAAACAGACAGUAUUUACAGAUUCCAUCUUCGUCGACAACAGGCAGAUCUAGUCGCCUUCCACGAAGACGAAGCACUUGUCCUUGAUCCACAGCUAGACUACUGUGCUGUUGAUGGUUUGAGUUCUGAGGUGAAGGAGCGUCUGUCCAUCGUUCGUCCCACCAGCAUUGGCGCCGCGAAACGUAUGGAAGGCAUGAAACCUACGGCGAUAGUUACGCUACUGAAGUACGCGAAGAGGCCUUUGAAGACAUCCGCACCGGAAAUGGACAUUUGA